GUUAUGGUGGAUGAACGAUUAGGCAAAGAAAAACAAAAUUCCGGCGUCUCCUUCACGGCUAUCAGCUUCUACCGGGAAGAGGAAAGGUUUCUUCGAUCGCCGAGGAAAUUCUCUGACCUGUUUCCGUCGUGGGUCAAUCUUCGAUUUGACUCUCUUUUAAUUUUACUGGCUCUUUCUUCUUGAAAGAGAAUCUGCUAUGAUGUUUGAAGGACUUUCCAAGAAACCACCUUCGCUUGUUGAUCUUUGCCUCAGGACCUUGAUUGAUAAUGUACGAUAUAUUGGAUAUGUUGGUGGGGUUGAUUUCCAUCUCCUUGAGCAGAUUCUACAACAUUGUACACUUGAACAGCUGAUGCAUAUAGAGGAUUGUACUCAUGACACAGAUCUUAGUCCAGUUACCAAUAAAUUUUGGAAGAGAUACUGUGAGAAGCUUUAUGGUGCAAAUGUAGAAGACUUGAUUCUUGUCGUGAAGGAAUUGAAGCGGGAGAAAAUAAAUUUCACUUGGAGACAGUUAUAUGAGGCAAAGUUGAAAGCCGUGAAAGAGGGUGAGAAGGAAGCCGUUGAUAAACUGAAGCAACGUUACAAGGCGGAAGAUGCAAGGAAACAAAGUCGACAAACUAAGCUCUGCUCAAAAGCUCCUCCAACUAAGAAAGCCUUUUGGGCUAAUAGUGGAUCAGGUUACAAUCUUUCGAAUGUCAAGAGCAACAUCAUGAAGAAGGCAAAACUAGAUCUUUUAAAGAGUCAAGAAGUGAAGAAUCUCACUGCAAUCAAAAGGAACACGAUACAGAAGAGCUUCAGUAUAUCUGCUCCAAAGAGGACCGGCUUAUCCGUGAACGUGUCUUCAACUUCAAGAAGCAACUCUAGUGGUGAAUUGAAAAAUCUUACUGCCAUUAAAAGGAACACGGUUCAGAAGAGUUUCAGCAUCUCUGCUCCAAAGAGGACCGGCCUAUCCGCGAACGUGACUUCAACUUCAAUAAGCAAAUCUUAUGGUGAAGGAAAUCUACCUCCGAAUAGGAUCAACAGCCUUCCUGGUACUGCUCCUUCAACUUCAAGAAAUGCAGCCACCAAACGAAAACAUGUUAUGUAACGUGUAGCGCAUUUUUUUCAGAUCAUAUUUCUUCAAGUGUAUCAUUUGCAUGUAUGCUUCAAGUUUCAAGAACUCCGAAUUUUGAAAUUGUGUCGCUUGAUGAUAUCCUCUUUUGUAACAAUAAAUAAUCAAAGUUUUUUGCUUUCUGCCUGUUGCUUUU